GAUCAUUUCGUUUACAACAGCAGCCUGUGUAAGAUCAACUCAGAUUUGGACUGGUUUGCCUGGGACCGAACAUUUUAUUAAUAAAAGAGGAAAUAUCGAUGACAAAAUGCCCACAAAAGAGAUUCCUUCUUUCGGCGAGUACAAAUGCUCGAAAUGUAAAAGCACAUGGAAUUCGUCCAAGUCAUUCGAAAAUGCCUCACAAAAAUGCAGAAUAUGCAAUACGGAGGUCAUGGCAACGAAUCAGAGGCCAUUGAAAAAUGCUAAGAAAAUGUGUAAGACGGAAGAUGAGAUGCACUUGAAGGGAAUCGGACCAUUUUUCGGGGAAUUCCACUGCAAAAAAUGUCAGAAGCAUUGGAUGUCAGCAUAUUGUUGGUUCGAAAAUGACAAAAAGACCAAAGUUCCACAAAAGUGCAAGCGAUGUAACGUUAAUACUUUCGCAAUCAAAAUGAGAUCGUUGGAAAAAUCAAAUUCAGAAAUCACUAAACCACAUCAAUCGGAACUAUGUGGCAAGUGCCAGAAGCUCGGCUUUAGCUGUGAACGAUUAAAGCUUAAGAGCAUGACCAAACGUUUUUCUGCCUGGAGAAUUUGAAAUCCGGAAAGGGCGUUACAACGUUUUUUUGUUCUAAUUUUCAAUUCGAU